AUCUUACCAGGCUAACAUGGUCAUUAAGUCAAAUAUAACCAAUGCCAGGUUUGAAAUUAGGCUAUAUGCAUGUUUUUUGCAUUUUGGUAGUAUAUUGUUUAAAGGCAGAAGCUGAUACAGAGCUAAAAGCUUUUGGUUUCCAUGCCCAAAGAUAGAGCUGCAGUUGACUUGUUACAACAGUAGCCACAGAAUUUCUAUUUUAUUUUAAAUUUAGAUGAUGCUGUACACCGUUUUGUUAUAUUCCUCUUGGGAAGCUGUACAUCAUCACAAGUUAUAAGAAUUGAGGAGCUUGUCUAAUAUCCAGCAGACUUUUGAAACACAAAAUCAUGAGGGCCAGCUCGAGAAGUAGACACCCUAAGCAAUUGCCAAGGACACUGAAAUUGAUAUGUCAUCAAAAAGUUAAACCUUAAAAAUGCUUCCAACCGAGAGAGGAAAGCAGCAGAACAGGAGGCACAGUUGUUAUCUCAGUUGAAACACCCCAACAUAGUCACCUACAGAGAAUCCUGGCAGGGGGAAGAUGGCCUGUUAUAUAUUGUUAUGGGCUUCUGCGAGGGAGGAGAUCUGUACCACAAACUGAAAGAGCAGAAGGGCAGACUUUUGCCUGAGAAUCAGGUGGUGGAGUGGUUUGUCCAGAUUGCCAUGGCACUGCAGUAUUUACAUGAAAAGCACAUUCUGCACAGAGAUCUUAAAACUCAAAAUGUUUUUCUGACACGAACAAAUAUAAUCAAAGUGGGUGACCUGGGAAUAGCCAGAGUGUUGGAAAACCAGUAUGAUAUGGCCAGAACCCUCAUAGGCACACCAUACUACAUGAGCCCUGAAGUCUUUUCUAACAAACCCUACAACUACAAGUCUGAUGUUUGGGCUUUAGGCUGCUGCGUUUAUGAAAUGGCUACACUGAAACAUGCCUUUAAUGCUAAAGAUAUGAACUCUUUGGUUUAUCGAAUUAUUGAGGGAAAGUUGCCACCCAUGCCAAAGGAUUACAGCCCACAGUUGGUAGAAAUAAUACGAACUAUGCUCAGUAAAAAACCUGAGGAAAGACCUAGUGUGAAAACCAUACUACGACAGCCAUAUAUCAAGCAUCAAAUUUCUUUGUUUUUGGAAGCCACAAAGGCGAAAGCAGCCAGAAGUCAUAAGAAAAUGGUGAAUUCUAAACCUAAAGAUCCUUGUUCUGUGGUCUCAGUAAAGAAUGAAUCUCAUAGCAGGAAUGUUACACACCAAAACCACUCAUUUGAGCAAGCCAGGAAACACAAAGUUAAUGAAGAAGAUGGCAUCCUCAAAUAUAAAGCCACCAAAUUUUGUCCCUUAGAGAAACCACCUGUUGAGUUGGAAAGAAAACCAAGCAAUAAUGAUUUGAACAACCUGGGAGGCUCCAUAGCUACAGUUAGUGAAGUGAAUGUUGAUAUUUUACCAUCUGAAAGCAUGAAGUAUGGGAGUGAGAAGUGUGGCAGUGAGCAUAUUCCAGAGAAUAAUAAAGCAAAGCAUUUAAAUGUUCCAGGGAAUUCUAAAAUAACAUCCAGUAGCCCAGCAAUUAAGGAAGAUGGACUAUGGGAAAGAGCAAAACAAGCUUUUAAAGCUGAAAAUGUUGAGUCUAAGCAGUCUUCUGCUGAUGCUAUAGAAGAAGAUGGUGACACUUUGAAACUCCUGCAGCCUCUGUCAAAAGACCAGAAGCAAACUGGCAUGAUCUUGGAUUCUACUGAAAAGCUGCUAGCACCGUUUGUUCCUGUUGUCUUUCAAAAUGAUGUCUGUCAUGGAGAUUCAGGAGAUGCUCAGGAAAAAACUACUUCCCACUUGCAGCCUCUCAGUUCUGUCAGUGAACCCUCUCUCUCACGGCAGCGACGGCAGAAGAAAAGAGAGCUAGCUGAAGUCUGUUCAGAGAAGGGGCAGUUGAGAACAGUUGCUCCUCGGCCUUUACCUUUUCCCUCUGAUGUGAACACAAAGACAGCACAGAGGUGUGCAGAGCAGCAUGGUGCUGAAGCCUCUGAAUCUGUAAAUAGCACCAAAACCAGUCAAGUUGCCUUUUCAAAGGAGCGGCCCUUGACAGCACGGGAACGAAGGAGACUAAAACAGUCUCAGGAGGAGAUGUUUCCCUCUGUGAUUCCAGCAAGACGAACUUCAAAUAGUGCAGUAGUUGAAGCAAAAUCACAUAUGGAAAAUCAUGUUAAAGUUGCUCAGUCCUCAUCAGAUCCCAGUAUUUCUCAGAGAAAGAGAGAAACCCAUUCCCUGUCUGAUGAUGAGUUAAGCUCUUCCACAAGCUCUACAGAUAAGUCUGACGGUGAUUCCAAGGAGAGAAAAAGCAGUGUGAAUGAAAUGAAUGACUUGGUGCAGCUAAUGACCUGGACACUGAAAAUGGACUCCAAAGAGAACUCUGAGUACUGUGUAACCUCGACUCCAGCCCCAGAGUUUAAACUUCAUAGAAAAUAUCGAGACACUUUGAUUUUGCAUGGAAAAUCACCUGAUCAGUCAGAGGAAUUAAAAUUUGAAGAAAUUUCUUCAGAUAUCUUACCAGUUCCUGACAAGAUUAGGAGAGUGAUUGAAAUCCUGAGGUCUGAUGUGGUGCAAGGAUUGGGAAUGAGACUUCUUGAGAAGGCGUACAGCAUUAUGGAAGAAGACGACGAAGUGAAAAGAGAGGUGGAAUCUGGAACUCUCUUGCCUUUAGAUAGCAAAGACUCUUCUGUUUUUCUUCCCUUCCAUCUGUGUUGUCAAACAUCACGUGCUGCUUUCACUGCAGUUGCGGGAGCAUUUGGGAGACAAGUAUGCAAGUUACAGUGUGAAGGCACGCCAUCUGAAAUUUCUUGAAGAAAAUGUGAAGUUCUGACCGGAACCUUUUUCUUAGAGGACUGUUUUAUAGCUCAUUUGAUAGAUUGGACCAGCUUACAAGGCACGUUUAUCCACUGACCUCCUCUGCUGGAAUAAGGAGGUGAACUUGCAAAAAACAUUAUAGUUUGUAGUAUUUUUCAUAUUAAAAUGUGAAUCAGGCUUAUCACUUUCUCAGAAGAGAAACUGUUUAGUUUUUAUUCUCUUGAAACUUUUUAAAGUUGCUUUUUAUAGAUGCAGAAGGAUGGAUACCAAGUUUUGUAUAAAAAACAUGGUUUGAAUUUGUCAUACCAAAAGGUUUUUGGUAUGAUCACGUACAAAAUAUGCUAACAAAAUCUAUGCCAAGGCUAGGGUAUAAAAGCUGUUAUAUCAAAUAGUUGUGAAAAUUUAGCUGGGAGAAACAGUUACUAAUUUUUGUAGCACGAAAAGCCUUCAGGCUCUGUAAAUAGCCGAGUUGAAGUACUAAAGGGGGGUGGCUGUAGUACUUUUAAGCAGAGCCUUUGCUUUCGUGUCUCAUUGCUAAGGCAAAUCACUAAGGUGGUAGGAAAUAUUUGGUAACUGGAUAAAGUAAGCCUGAAAAUGUUUGGAAGGAAUACAGACAUGGUUACCAUGGUCCCAGCUGGAGAAAUCCCUUUGCCUUACAAAUAUUAAUUCCUUUUAGGAACUAAAGUGCCUAAGACCAGGGUCACUUAGAGAAAUAGGUUUUAACUCUUCCCUUUCUUUGCACUUAGAUUCUGUUGCUACACAUGCCCAGGCAUUGUCAUUGUACCAUCACUAUGGAAAAAGUGUGUGUUCUUUAUAAAGGGUAAUGAAGUCAAAGGGAAUUAAGUUUGUAAAAUAAAAUUUUAAUUUCACAACCUGUUUCUUUCCCUGCCUCUAGCUUAAAUAUUGUAAUCUCUAUCACCUGUGAGGGAACUAACAUGACAGUCAGUAGUAAAAAAAGUGUAAUACCUAUGGGUCCUGCUACUAGAUGCACAAGUUACAAGAUUUCAGGAGCUGCUGUGUUAUGCAGGCAAGGCGUUACUUUCUCUACCCAGGAAAAUUUAUUUUAAACAAAAAAUGCCCCUCUGCAAUCUCCUGUCCUAGAACAGUUUCCAGUUCUUGUGUGUUUUUUUCAGAACUGUGGGGUAUUCACUGUUCUACAGUACUUGUUGCAACCUACAGUACUGACAGCUUGUUUUACACACAG